CCUUGCCUCUGUCCCGGUCUCCACCUCAGUCUUUGGCGUCGCGACUGGGGACGCCGGGCGCUGAGGGAGCGCGAGGGGCGGGCUCUGAGGUUGGGCGGGCGCUCUGGGUUGGAGCCGGCGGCCGCAACGAACAGGCAGGUCCCGCCCCACUGCAGGAGCGACCGGGGUGGGAAAGCCGCCGGUUGCGCGGGCGGGGGAGGUCCCUCCAGCUGCCGUGAGUGAGGAGUCGCCGCCGCCUGUUCCUCGCGGGCCGUGCUGACGGGACUGGCCGGGGAGCGCCGCAGGCGGAUGGAGGCGCCUCCUUGCCCCGCCUGAACUCUGCGGGCCCGGAGCGGAGCGGAGGGCCCGCCUCCUGCCGCUGGAGCAGCCGCGAGAGCAGCCGGAGGAGGAGCAGCGGGCGUCGGGCUGCUCCCCGCGGGAGCCCCCAGCAUGGUUGACUAUAUUGUGGAGUAUGACUAUGAUGCUAUACAUGAUGAUGAAUUAACUAUUCGAGUUGGGGAAAUCAUCAGGAACGUGAGAAAACUACAGGAGGAAGGAUGGCUAGAAGGAGAACUAAAUGGGAGAAGAGGAAUGUUUCCUGAUAAUUUUGUUAAGGAAAUUAAGAGGGAGACAGAAUCCAAGGAUGAAAAUUUGCCUAUCAAACGGGAAAGGCAAGGGAAUGUUGCAAGUCUUGUACAACGAAUAAGCACCUAUGGACUUCUAGCUGGAGGAAUUCAGCCACAUCCACAAACCAAAAACAUUAAGAAGAAAACCAAGAAGCGUCAGUGCAAAGUUCUCUUUGAAUACAUUCCACAAAAUGAGGAUGAACUGGAGCUGAAAGUGGGAGAUAUUAUUGAUAUUAGUGAAGAGGUAGAAGAAGGCUGGUGGAGUGGAACCCUGAACAACAAGUUGGGACUAUUUCCCUCAAACUUUGUGAAAGAAUUAGAGGUAACAGAUGAUGGCGAAACUCAUGAAGCCCAGGAAGAUUCAGAAACUGUUUUGACUGGGUCUACCUCACCUUUACCCUCUCCGGGGAAUGGGAAUGAAACUGCACCUGGAUCAGUUACUACCCAGCCAAAGAAAAUCCGAGGAAUUGGAUUUGGAGAUAUUUUUAAAGAAGGCUCUGUGAAACUUAGGACAAGAACAUCCAGUAGUGAAACAGAAGAGAAAAAACCAGAAAAGCCCUUAAUCACACAAUCACUAGGAUCCAAAACUCAGAAUGUGGAGAUAGCAAAAACAGACACUGACAGUAAAAUUAAAGCUAAGGAAUAUUGUAGAACAUUAUUUGCCUAUGAAGGUACUAAUGAAGAUGAACUUACUUUUAAAGAGGGAGAGAUAAUCCAUUUGAUAAGUAAGGAGACUGGAGAAGCUGGCUGGUGGAAGGGUGAACUUAAUGGUAAAGAAGGAGUAUUUCCAGACAAUUUCGCUGUUCAGAUAAAUGAACUGGAUAAGGAUUUUCCUAAACCAAAGAAACCACCACCACCUGCUAAAGGGCCAGCUCCAAAGCCUGAGCUGAUAGGUGCAGAAAAGAAGUAUUUUCCUAUAAAGCCUGAAGAAAAAGAUGAAAAAUCAGGGCUGGAACAGAAACCUUCUAAACCAGCUGCUCCACAAGUCCCACCCAAGAAACCUACUCCACCCACCAAAGCCAAUAAUUUAUUGAGGUCUUCUGGAACAGCAUACCCAAGGCGACCUGAAAAACCGGUUCCUCCACCACCUCCUGUAGCCAAGAUUAAUGGAGAUGUUUCUACCAUUUUAUCAAAAUUUGAAACUGAGCCAAUAUCAAAACCAAAGCUAGAUUCUGAACAGUUACCACUUAGACCAAAAUCAGUAGACCUAGAUUCAUUUACAGUUAGGAGCUCUAAAGAAACAGAUCUUGUAAAUUUUGAUGACAUAGCUUCAUCAGAAAACUUGCUACAUCUCACUGCAAAUAGACCGAAGAUGCCUGGAAGAAGAUUGCCUGGCCGCUUCAAUGGUGGACAUUCUCCAACUCAAAGCCCAGAAAAGACUUUGAAGUUACCAAAAGAAGAUGAUAGUGCCAAAGUAAAGCCAUCUGAAUUUAAAAAGGAUUCAUGCUUCUCUCCAAAGCCAUCUGCGUACCUUUCAGCACCUUCAAGUGCUUCCAAAUCAAAUACGGCCGCUUUUCUAACUCCAUUGGAAAUCACAACCAAAGUAGAAACAGAUGAUGGGAAAAAGAAUUCCCUGGAUGAACUUAGAGCUCAGAUUGUUGAAUUGUUGUGUGCUGUGGAAACACUGAAAAAGGAUCAUGGGAAAGAACUGGAAAAACUACGAAAAGAUUUAGAAGAAGAGAAGGCAAUGAGAAGUAAUCUAGAGGUGGAAGUAGAGAAGCUGAAAAAAGCAGUCCUGUCUUGAAGUGUUCUCAGUGCUCCAGGGAUUCAGAAGCAACACUAUGAACUUCAACUGACUUGUUGUCUAAAAAUAACGAAUACUGAUGUCAUGAUAAAGAAAUAUGAGUAUAUGAACUAUUAUAGCUGUAGAAAAAUGUAGGGGAGGGUAAAUUUUUUAUAUAUAUUUUGUUUUGCCAAUAUGAAAAAAAGAGGCCUUAUUUCUUAUGUGCUGGGAUUGCAAACUUUUUGUUUAGUUUGCUUGAAAAUACUACUGAAUCUGUAUAAAGGAAAAAAGUUCACAAUAGUUGUUUUUUUUUUAUUGAACUUGUAGUAUUAUUUUUAAAGAGAUCUAUACUAUAAAUAUGGUGAUAUCUUUACAAAUAAUCUGUAAAAUAUACUAUUUGAGAGGGACAGGUUAGCUUUAUAGUAGCGGUAGUCACUACUUUUCCCCUAAUACAUAAGGGAUAUAAACUUUGUAUGUAUAUAUUUUUUAUGUUUAGCUUCUUACCCAGGAUUACACUGUUGUGCCUGUUUGUUUGCAGUGCUGUUUAUACUUUGGGUGAUGAGAUAGGAGUUUCCUAGCUACAAACCAGAUUACUCACCCAUGCAUACAGUAAUAACUAAUGAAAGAAAAUAAUUUCUACAGCUGAAAUAAUCAAAAUAAUUCCUUCAACUUUUGAAAUAUUUUAUAUUGCUUGCACUGUAGGAUUCAUAAAAGGAAUUUAGUUUAAAUGUAUUGGAUUGUCAAAUAUAUUGGGGAAGAUGUGAGCUCUAUUUUAGAUUCAUUAGGUUUAAGAAACUAAAAAAAUGUCAAUUUAACCCUUAACUUGUUGUGCCUAGAAACUACAGCACAUAGAAUAUGCAAACACCAGCCUUAAUGCUGUACUUCUCUGCUUAUUUUACAGGCUCAAAUAUUACUCAUCUCAUGGUCUUGUGAUUUAAUUCUUUAUGCCCCUCCUUUUGAUUUUAAUAAUGGUAAUGUUAGAAAAACAAAACUCCAGUACUUUCAGAACUUCAGUAUAUGGUUUCAUACUUUGACAAGUUAUCACUGUAAAUACUCAGGUUUUACAUUGUGUAAUUUACCUAAUAGACUAACUGGUGGAGAUAUUUUGGCUGUCAUUUAGGUACCAACUUUAUAAAGAGUGUUUAGUAUAUCAUAAAAUGUAAUAUUACAGCUUAUUUAAAACCAAAUAUAUUUGGCCAUAUUCGGAAGAGCAGUUUCUUCAGAGUCACUUAGGAACACUUGAAUGUUUUCAAAUGUUAUCUACAGGUAAUAUGUCUCAAAUAUGUGGGUUUAUGUUAAAGAAAUAUGAUUUUUUAUCUGCAAAAAAAAUAGAUUUUAAGCUUCAUUACAAAUGACUUUCAGAUUUGGGGUACCAGCUAUCAUGCUUCCAUUUUGUGUUAUUUUAAACCACCAAACCAAUAUUUUUCCUUUACGGUUUAAUCUUAUAAUACUGAAAUCUGGUGUUAAUGAAAGUUUGUCAUAUUGUUUCAAAUAAAGGUGAAAUAGAAAAUAAUGGAAACUCCAAUACAUAAUUACUUACUGUUAAAUUCACAACUUAAAUUCGUGCUUUUGGGGAAACCUGAUUGGGCAUUGAGUCUGUAUAUUUAGCUCUUUAAAGUACUUGGGCUCUUCGGAUGAGGUCACUGUUGAACAAAGUUGUUUAUUCCUCUUCUAAAGUUUUAAAAUACUUGUCAGAUGAAUGAUUUCCUUUUGAAAUAAAUUAGAUCUUCUUUUAAUAUGAAAGUCCUUAGGUAAAAAUAAAAAGUGUAUCCUAGAAAUCAUUCUCCAGCUUUAUGAUGGGAAAAUCUUACCAGGUGACCCCUCUCCACCCUAAUAAUGGGGUAGGGGAAGGUUCCAGCAGAUUUCAGGCCACCUUAAAGUUUAUGUUGGUCAUUUUCACACCAAUGCAUAAAAUCAAGAGGGUCAUGAAUACUGAAAGACAUUUAAGGUGUUUGCUUGUGUUCUCUUCAGUCAGAAUUGAAAAGUAAAGUACUUUAUCUCUAUUUCCUGCCAUUGACCAAAUAGUAAAGAAAACCAAACAAACUCAAAGGGAAAAAUGGUUCCUUUAAUCUAGCAAUUUACGUAUUUGCUCUUGAUAUGGGAAUUUUAUUAAUUCCUGUUUAUGAAGCUCAUGUCACAAAAUGGUAUGUAAUAACAGUAGCUUUUACUUGGGGGUAAAUCUUUUCUCUUAUUUUAAUGAAUGAGUAUAAAUGACCGACCAGAGGUAAACAGCAUGGCAUCUGUCAUUGCCACAUUGUUAGUGAAUGUGUCAUUCAGGUUUGCUAUUCUUUGAAACACAAAAUAUUACUAAUUUUCCUAACUUCGUUUCAAUAUUAGGAGUAUUGUGUGUGUGCGCACGUGUGUGACCACUAAGCUUGGUCAUACUACAAAGCUGUUACCUCUUUACAAAAUCUACAUCUGAAGAUAGGAAGAGAAAAUGGGCCUGGUGUAACAGAGGAUUCUCUUUUUAUGCUUCUUACUCUGAUCACAGGAAAAAACCCAAGUGCUCUCUGGAUGUGUUGGUAAACAUUUUAUGCUUUGCAUUGAUGCUUGGAAAUGUAUGAACAGAAUGAGACGAGACAAUCAGUUCAAAUCAGAAAUGAGAAGUGUUAACAUUUAAUGGCCUUGUUUUGCUGUAGCAAUAAAAUGACCAAGUGCAAUGAAUGACUUGAUUUAAUAAAAUCAUCUUUUAAAAGUUGCUGCUAUGAAUAUUUUUAGCCAUAAAAUUUUACCCUUGUUAUAGCCUGACUUGCCUUCAGUAACUAUUGUGUAAUGCAGUUGGUAUUGUGAUAUUCUAACAUUCCAAAAAGUAAUAAUAUAUAUUUAUGGGGAAUUAAAAACAGUAUACUUCACUGACUUGUUUACAGGUGCUGUAAAAAAGCAUGCUUCUCCCUCAAAGAGAAAAAUUAAUAAAGAAUAGUAUUGCCA